CACAGAGCAAGACAGGACAACAAGAAGUAAAACAACACACAAAACAAAUAACAGAGCAUGAUGUGUCGAGUGUUCACCUGGAGACGAGGCUCAGCAAAACUGAUCCUCCUGCUCCUCCUCAAACUGUCGCAGCUGGAGGGCGUCAGUGGGAAGGUGCUGGAGGAGACGUACCUGAAGUGGAUGCAGUAUAAAGACAACUGCAUGAAGACCAUCUCCCAGGAGCCCCCAGGAGAAGGGUUGUUGUGUAACCGAACGUUUGACCGCUACGCCUGCUGGCCUGACACGCCGGCCGGCUCCGCCUCCAACGUGUCCUGCCCCGAUUACCUGCCCUGGUUCCACAAAGUGUCCCAGGGCGUGGUCCGGCGGGUGUGCCGGUCUGACGGCCGCUGGCUGCAGGAGGGGGGGCACGUCUGGCGAGACAUUUCCCAAUGUGAAGAGGAACAAGAGGUUACGUCACAGGAGCUGUGGUACAAGGAGCUGAUGGUGAGCUUCAGGAUGCUCUACACGGUGGGCUACUCCCUCUCCCUCUCCACCCUCACCAUGGCCCUCCUCAUCCUGCUCAGCUUCAGGAAGUUGUACUGCACCAGGAACUACAUCCACGCCAACCUCUUCCUGUCCUUCAUCCUGCGGGCGGUGUCCGUCAUCGUCAAGGAUACGCUGCUGGAGCGUUACUGGGGCCGCCAGAUCAUGCAGCAGGCGGACCUGCAUCACAUGCUCAGCCACCAGGCUGCUAUUGGCUGCCGGAUUGCCCAGGUGGUGAUGCAGUACUGUGUCCUGGCCAAUCAUUUCUGGUUCUUUGGCGAAGCGGUGUACCUGCACUCAGUGCUCAUUGGCUCGGUGUUCAUCGACCACAACAAACACCUGCCAUACAUCUGCCUGGGCUGGGGCACGCCUCUUCUGUUUGUCCUUCCCUGGGUUCUGGUGAAGCUUCUGAAGGAAAAUAAUGAGUGUUGGGCAUUGAACCAGAACAUGAACUACUGGUGGAUCAUCAGGCUGCCCAUCCUGCUGGCUUCAGUGAUCAAUUUGUUGAUUUUCAUGAAGAUCCUGAAAGUGAUUCUGUCUAAACUAAGAGCCAGCAACCAGAACGGAUACCCAGACUACAAACUUAGACUGGCGAAGGCCACGUUGACCCUCAUCCCUCUGUUCGGGGUCCAUGAGGUUAUCUUUGUCUUCGCCACGGACGAACAGACAACGGGGCUCCUGCGCCACGUCAAAGUCUUCUUCACCCUCUUCCUCAACUCUUUCCAGGGUUUCCUGGUCUCUGUGCUCUACUGUUACACCAAUAAAGAGGUGAGGUCGGAGCUGCGGAGGAAGCUGUGCAGCUGGAGGGGCGAGUUGGCGACAGUGUGUUGUGGGCAGUGACUAACCGUCUCUGACUCCCGGGUCCACACCUUCUCCAUCGCCUCGGUCCCGGACUGCAACCGCUCCUCCUCCACCUCCACUUCCUCCUCCUCCUCCUCCUCCUCCUCCUCCUCCUCCUCCUCCUCCUCCUCCUCCUCCUCCACCCCUGGCCGAGCCAUCUGCCUCGGGAGGGGCUUACCUUCCGUCUCCUCCACGAGGGGGAUGGGCCAGAUUGGUCGACCCCCAGACCCCAUCCUGCUACAAAGCAAAACUCAAAGCCUGAGGGAGGGUCUGAGGCAGGGACUGAGUCUGGGUCAGGGUCAGGGUCCUGGACAGAGCUUGGGGCAGGACCUGGGUCUGAGGCAGGGUCUGGGUCUGGGUCAGGGUCGGGGUCAGGGUCGGGGUCCUGGACAGGACCUGGGUCUGGGUCUAGGUCUGAGGCAGGGUCAGGGUCAGGGUCUGGGUCUGGGUCUGGGUCCGGGUCUGGGUCAGGGUCAGGGUCGGGGUCGGGGUCUGUGCAGCAGAGAGCAGGAGAGUCCAGAGUGCACCUUGCAGGUGUCUUUCCUCAUCCACCUGCCAGACCCCGUAGAGACACCUCCUCACCAGGUCCCGCUGCAUGCAGACUGAACCUUCUCUGGCCCAGGCUCCCGGUCAGACUGGCGGCGGUAACUCAGGAGGUAGUGCGGGUCGACCUGUAACCAGAGGUGGCUGUCAAACCCAAUCCCUGGCUCCGUCUACCGGAGCGACUAGGCGUCGCUGUGGGUGGUUGACAGCGCUGUUGGUGUGUGAAUGUUUCUAUGAAUGAUUGUAAGUCGCUACAGACAAGAGAGUCUGCUAAAUAUAUAUAAAUAACCUGUACAUAUACUUUUAUACUGGCAUUUUGAGUAGAGAAUAGAAGGUGUAAACUUGGUUGUUUGGAAAAAAAAUCGUCCACCCGUGGAACUGAAUGCCUAGUCUUUGUUUUCGCAUUGUGCUCUAUUCUUCAAAUGCAGGAACACCCUUCUGUAAUGUAACAACACAGUGUAUCGAGAAAAACACACACACACACACACACACACACACACACACACACACACACACACAACUAACACAUGAGAUUGCGAAUGUGGCAGCUUUGGGAAAUAUUUGAGAGGUGCAAACCUCUCAAAUACAUGUUCAGAUGUUACUUUUUUUGUGUGCCUCAUUCUCCAGAGAUAAUAAAGUUCUGUACAAAACAAUGGA